CCUCCCCUGGCAGAGCCAAGUUCAAAAAAUGGUUAAACUAGUGGAAGCGUGGCACAAGACUUUCACGUUCCACAAGCCUCCGUUGGCAUUAGGUAAUGGCAUUCUAGCUUCGUGUUUCUCCACGCACGAUGCUAAGCGCGUGGGCACUCACAGCGGAACCUUCCACUGCGACGAAGCCCUCGCUUGCUUCAUGCUUCGCCUUUCCAAACACUUCUCCGGUGCGCAUAUCGUUAGAACAAGGGACCCAAAGGUUCUGGAAUCUCUGGAUGCAGUGGUCGAUGUUGGAGGUGUGUAUGACCCGCUUCCACACCGUUACGAUCAUCAUCAAAGAGGUUUCGACCAAGUCCUCGGUUAUGGCUUCGCCACUAAGCUCAGUAGCGCUGGCCUUGUCUACAAGCAUUUUGGGUUGGAGAUAAUUGCAAAGGUGCUUGGGCUUGCUGAAGGGCAUCCUCAUGUACAUCAAUUAUAUCCCGCUAUAUACAGAAACUUUGUCGAGGCAAUUGAUGCUAUGGAUAAUGGAGUGAAUCAAUAUGAACUGAAUGAGCCUCCAAAAUAUGUAAUUAAUACAAGCCUUUCAUCUAGAAUUAAACGAUUGAAUUUAGACUGGAUGGAUUCUGACCAGUCAUCUGAUAGAGAAAAUGAGGCCUUUCAUCAAGCAAUGGCCUUGGCUGGUGGUGAAUUUUUGGAGAAUGUGAACUACUAUGCAAAAUCAUGGUUACCAGCACGAUCCAUUGUUAUGGAGUGUCUUGCAGCAAGGAAAACUAUUGAUUCUAGUGGAGAAAUCAUAAAGCUAAACCGAUCAUGUCCUUGGAAACUUCACAUACAUGAGCUUGAGGAGGAAAUGAAAAUCAAUCCUUCCAUCAAAUAUGUUCUUUACCCGGAUGACAGGAGUGAGAACUGGCGAUUGCAGGCAGUGGGAAUCUCACCUGUUAGAUUUGAGAGCAGAAAACCGUUACCAUAUCUUUGGAGGGGUUUGGAAAAUGACAAGCUCUCAGAGGUUGCUGGAAUCCCAGGUUGUACUUUUGUGCACAUGAGUGGUUUCAUUGGAGGCAAUAAAAGUUAUGAUGGCGCUCUAGCUAUGGCAAGAGCGUCUUUAAAAGCAUAGGCAAUGGUAGGUUUAACCAAGUACCUCUUUUCCCGAGCACUUGGGGUGAUUUUAUUCUUUUGGGGGGUGGGG